UUAAUUAGAUCUAAUUAUCCGAGUGGGUAUACGUUGCCUAACUGAAUGAAUGUGUCUGUGUGUCUGUGUUGUGCUUGUGUGUGAGGGAAAGAGAGAGAAAGAGAGAGAGAGAACCAUCCAUCCCCCCUCUUGGAUGGUUAGGUGCUUCAGUCUGAAGCGCGCGGAUGAAGCUCGUGUUUACGCAGCGCUCGGCGUCUCACCGGUGGAUGUAAAUAUCAGUUUAUACGACAGCAGAAAGCACAGACUGAUUCUCGAGCAUCGCCAAAGGAAACGUUGGAGAGACGCUCCGCUCCAGACUGCAGGAGGAUGUACUGCGUUAUUAACCAUCCCCAAAACCAUUUAAGGAUCCUCAGACAUUGAUAUCUUCAUAUGCACGUGAAUCUUCUGCUUUUGAAAGGCUUUCAACGGGCGGACACACACGCUGCUCUGUGCGUCUUAACGCAGGACUGCUCUUUUGGACCCGUGCCACGGUUGUCUGUCUCCGUCCGUUCACCCAACCACACCUACCCGUUAUAUCCUCACAGAAUUACAGCAGCGCGUCCUCACACCGGAUCCCGACAGAUCCCGUCGCGAAAGGGACAUUGUGUCUGCGUGAGCCGGCCGGUGAAAGAACGCAGAUCCACUGCGCUAUAAACGCCCGGUGCGCACCGGACCCGCUCAAAGACCCCCGCGUCGGACCGAUAUGUCAGCCCGGUGCGCGUGAUCGCUUCGGAACAGAGGCAGGUGAAAUUAUCAGCUUUGUCCCGCAUCCUGCGCCAAGAAGGAACGCAUCACCUUGAGGAUUUAAACGCACCGACAUCCAACUUACCAGCUGUGGUGUGUGGCUGCCAUGGCGACCCUGACCCCCUGCUUUUUACGGAUCUUUGCUGUCCUCCAAUUGGCUGCCUGCUCAUUUCCAGAGGAACCUGGCCCGUUAAUCUCUGCCCCCGCUGAGGUGGUGAGGCGCUAUCCAGUGUUUGUGGGCCGGGCGCAUCGCUCUUACACCCGUCAGGAGCCGCUGUAUAUUCAGACCGUCCUGAAAGUCAACCGUACACUCUACAUCGGAGCCAGAGAUGACCUUUAUCGAGUGGAACUGGACCAUGUGUCUGGAGAUGAAAUGUUCUACAGCAAGAAAAGGACGUGGGAAUCCAAUAAGAAUGACAUCCGCAUCUGUAGAAUGAAGGGCAAACAUGAGGAGGAGUGUCGUAAUUAUAUUAAGGUGUUGUUGAGCCAUGAUGGUGGGCUGUUUGUGUGCGGGACAAAUGCUUUCAACCCGCUGUGUGCCAAUUACACGAGAGACACUCUGGAAUUGGUCGGCGAGCCCAUCAGUGGAAUGGCCCGGUGUCCUUAUGAUCCCAAACACGCAAACGUGGCUCUGUUUGCAGAGGGCAGCUUGUUCACGGGGACAGUGACUGACUUCCUGGCCAUCGACGCUGUCAUUUACCGCAGUUUGGGAGAGAGUCCAGCCCUGCGCACGAUCAAGCAUGAUUCCAAAUGGUUCAGAGAGCCUUAUUUUGUGAGCGCCGUGGAAUGGGGGCCUCAUAUCUACUUCUUCUUCAGGGAGAUGGCCAUGGAGUUCAACUACCUGGAGAAGGUGAUGGUGUCCCGCGUGGCACGCGUGUGUAAAGGUGAUUUGGGCGGCUCUCAGCGGGUGUUGGAGCGCCAGUGGACGUCGUUUCUGAAAGCGCGUCUGAACUGCUCGAUCCCGGGAGACUCGCACUUCUACUUCAACCUGCUGCAGUCCACCAGCCCCAUCAUACGCAUGCAGGGCAGGGACGUCAUCCUGGGGGUCUUCUCAACACCCUCCAACAGCAUCCCCGGCUCGGCGGUGUGUGCGUUUGACAUGCAGCAGCUGGCACGUGUGUUUGAGGGCAGAUUCAAAGAGCAGAAAUCACCAGAAUCCAUCUGGACACCUGUACCUGAUGAACAAGUACCUAAACCCAGGCCUGGAGGAUGUGCUGUCCAGGGGUCAAGGUUCAGCUCCUCCAACAGCCUUCCCGACGAAGUGCUGAAUUUCAUCAAAACUCAUCCUCUGAUGGAUGAAGCGGUUCCUUUGCUCGGACACAGACCGUGGAUAGUCAAGACUAUGGUCCGGUACCAGUUGAACACUAUGGUGGUGGACACUGAGGCAGGCCCACAUCGCAAUCGGACUGUGGUGUUCCUCGGAUCCACCAGGGGAACCGUUCUCAAGUUCCUCAUCACACCCAGCCCGGAGAACCCGUACUCCAACACCAACACCUUUCUGGAAGAGCUGGAGGGCUACAACCCAGAAAGGUGCGGCGAUGACUCUGUGCAGGCGAGGCAGCCUCUCUCUCUGACACUGGACAAACCCAGUCACACACUCCUGUUAGCGUUCCAUUCCUGUGUGGUGCGAGUGCCUGUCGCACGCUGCCAACUGCACUCCAGAUGCAUGAAAAACUGCAUCGCAUCCAGAGAUCCAUACUGCGGCUGGACCAAAGGAAGUACCUGCUCACUCCUGAGACCCGGCACCAGAUUACCUUUCGUGCAGGACGUUGAAUAUGGAAACACCUCACAUCUCGGAGACUGCGACGGUGAGUUUGUGAAUCUGUUUGGGAUGUGACCUUUAGCUUCCCGCUCUACCUUCAGCGCGUCUCUAGAGAAUUCUCUAGCAGCUCUUCAACAAUACAGAAAAGAUCCAGUCUGGUCUGGUUCGAAAGUUUUGCUCAAGCAGUCAAAGUUACUAGAAAGUCACAGGUUGCAUCAGGAGAGAUGGAAGAAGAUAACGAGAGAGUCUUUUCUUUUUAGAAAUUAAUUGAUUUCUUUAAAGUAC